AAUUGUAUAAAAUUAAUACAAGAGAAAACAACUAAAAUGCAUUUUGUCGCUUUUUAUUUAGUGACCAUAAAUUUGUUGAUUUUGAAAAUUAAUCAAAUUUAUGCCUUAGGCCAGUUUUAUAAAUCGGAGACAAAUAAAACCUAUUACAUGGAUUUUGAUCAAAAGUUUACCUGGUUUGAUGGACAUAUAUCUUGCACCAAAUUGAAUAUGACUUUAUUGGAAGUGAAUACCGAAAAUAAAUCUCUGGAGAUCACCAAGCUAAUCAAAAAUGUUCCGAACAAAGGUUCUGGUGGCUAUCUUUGGACUGGCGGCAUUCGAACUCAAAUUGAGAAUGAUGUCUUUGUUUGGCUCUCAACGGGUGAAAAAUUUAGUUACACAAAUUGGUAUCCCAAUAAUCCCGAUUUUACGGGUGAUGAUGAGUAUUGUGUUGAAUUGGUAGAGAUACGAAAUUGGCAAUGGAAUGAUUUAUACUGUAAACGAAAACGUGGUUUUGCAUGUGAAUAUAAAGCAGCGACCGACGAUAUCCAGCAAGAAUUGCAAAAUUUAAAGGAGACACUUAAGCAAAAGGACUCAACACAGGAAAAACAACCGAUAUUGAUGGAUCUAUUAAAACAAAUUAAAGAAAACGACCCUCAAAAACUUUUGAAGAUUUCACAAUUACAAAAUAAAUUUAAAGAAAUUUUGAAAAAAGGUGAAGAAGAUAAUUUGAAAAUGUAUAAGGAAAAUGGAAAUUUUGAAAAAACUGGUAAAAAUAACAUCAAUGUUUAUUCGCCAUACGCUAUGUUUUUUAAUAAACAGAAUACUAUUGAGGAGGCUUUUCUAUGGAUUGGUGGUAUUCUGACACAAGUUCCACAACAAAACUUUGUUUGGCUUUCAACCGGUGAACAAUUUACAUACAGCAAUUGGUUUGGCGACAAUCCAGAUUUCUUUGAAAAUUGUGAAUAUUGUGUUGAAAUGGCAAAGUCGGAAAAUUGGAAAUGGAAUGAUGAUAAGUGUUCAGCAGAAAAUGGCUUUAUUUGUGAGUAUAAAAAGGAAAGAGAAGAAUUAAAUGCUAUUAAACACACUUUAACACAAGAAACUCACACUCAUCUGCAAGUGCAGAAGAUUCUGCAAAACGAAAUAGACAGACGACAAGAUUUACAUUAUGAAUGCGAACAAAAAUUGCAAGAAUACGAAGACCAAAUGUGUAAAUCUCAAGAAAGAGAAGAAAAUUUAACAGACGAUAUUAAGAGCUUACAGCAAGAUCUAAAAAAACAACAUGAUCUACACCAAGAGCAAUUACAACAACUUAAAAAGCUCGAAUUAGAAGCCCUUGAAAAGCUUCAAGGAAAUAUACAAACGGAAUUAAAAAAGAAUGAAGCUUUGCAAAAGGAAUUACAAAAUGUAAAACAGUUGCUGCAGCAAAAACAAGCAAAUAUUGACGCUAAAGAAGUAGAAUUAAAAAGCCAACAGAAUUUACAACAUCAACAUCUGCAUCAAUUAGAAAAUCUAAAAGAAGAAAAUCUAAAACUUGAAAAACAUUUACAAAUCGAAAUAUAUAAGCAGAAUGAUCUUAAAGAAGAAAUGGUAAAACUUGAAAAUUAUCUUGAAAAGGAAAUAUCAAAGCAUAAUGAAUUAAGACAAGAAAUCCAACAUUUGCAAAAAUUCAAAGAACAAAAGCUAAAACUUGAAAAGGAUCUGGAAAUGGAAAUAUCAAAGCAGAAUGAUCUUAAACAAGAAAUGCAAAAUUACCAAGAUCUCAAAGAGGAAAAGCAAAAACUUGAAAAAACUCUAGGAAGGCAAAUAACAAAGCGGAACGAGAUGAAACAGGUAGUGCUACAACUGAAUGAUCAAUUAAAACAACUAAAAGAGCUAAUAAAAGAAAAAAGUGAAGGAUCGGAAGAGAGGCGACAAGAUGAGGAGGACACAAAAAAAACCAAAAACAUUAUUGUAAUGUCAAAACUGGAGAAUGACAUUAAAGAGCUAAAUGGCGAGAAUAAUUUAAAAGAAAUAAAGAUUACAAGUAUUCGUAGAACUGAUGAAAAUAGCCAAGGUCAAAAUAAUAUUGUUAUAAAUUAUUCUCCUUAUAUUGUGUUUUUUAAUAAUUCUUUAUUAGGUAAUACUGCAAUUUAG